CUGGUCCAGCAGCCGACAGCUACAACAAACAACAAGCGGCUGAUCUCAGACUUUUCUGUCCUCCGAACAUCCGAGUGAUCAACGCGGGGAAGAGCAUGCUGAACGAGGACCAGGCGUCGUGCGAGAAGCUGUUCGUGAGGAAGCCGAGCGGCAAAAACAAGAACUCCACUCUGCUGGAGGAUAACGGGGAUGGCACAGGAAUUCCUCUCCACUUCUGGGGUGUGUUUGAUGGACAUGCGGGUUCCGGGGCCGCCAUCAUGGCCUCCAAACUUCUUCACCGCCUCAUCCGAGAUCGCCUGGGAGAAAUCUGCCACCUGCUGGAGAAUCCCACCAGCGCACCUCCCAUCUGCCUGGCCAAGAACGGAAGCCCGUACCAGGCGGACACGAAGAAAGGCGCUGCGCAGGAACCAGAGGACCCUGAUGCCAUCAGCGACUCGGCGGUGCGAUUCCACAUGGAGAAGGUCGUUAGUUUGGAGAGUCUGGUGAUGGGAGUCAUAGAGACGGCCUUCAAACAGAUGGAUGACCUGAUCGAGAAGGAAAAAGCAUCGUAUGCCAUCUCUGGUGGGUGUUGUGCCUUAGCUGCCCUUCAUUUAAUGGGGAAACUCUAUGUGGCUAACGCAGGAGACAGCAGGGCCAUAAUCAUACGAAACAAUGAAGUUAUUCCCAUGACCAACGAGUUCACACCUGAGUCAGAGAGGCAGCGGCUGCAGUAUCUGGGCUUCCUGAGGCCGGAGCUUCUGGGUAAUGAGUUCACUCACAUUGAGUUCCCUCGCAGGAUCCAGCACAGUGAGCUGGGAAAGAAAAUGCUCUACAGAGACCACACCAUGACCGGCUGGGCUUACAAGUCAAUCGUUGAAGAUGAUCUGAAAUUCCCCCUGAUAUAUGGGGAGGGAAAAAAGGCUCGUGUCAUGGCGACAAUCGGCGUGACUCGCGGGCUGGGAGACCAUGAACUGAAGGUGUACAACUCCAACAUCUACAUCAAGCCCUUCCUCUCAUGUGUUCCUGAGGUGAAAGUUUAUAACAUGGACGAAAACAAACACGGCCCGGACGACGUCUUGGUCAUGGGCACAGAUGGAUUGUGGGACGUAACCACGGACAGGGAAGCGGCAGAUGCUGUUUCAUCCUACUUAUCAGGCUGUGACCCCUCUGAUCCCAUGAGGUACACACUGGCGGCCCAGGACCUGCUGAUGAGGUCUCGAGGAGUGCUGAAAGAGCGCGGCUGGAGGCUCCCCAAUGAAAGACUGGGCUCAGGUGAUGACAUAACCGUGUUUGUCAUCCCGCUGGCAGGGAGUGAGUCAGAGACAUGACGUGAUGUCGCAGCGGACGCUAAGACAGCACUGAUUCGUCAGGGUCGUACAAACCGUCCCUCCAUGUUCCCUUAACCCCCGGACCGAUAGGGCGGCGGGAGAUAAAAACACCUUCGCUGUGCUGACCCAUUUCGUCAUAUGACAUGUUUCAUUGAACCGCUGACCCUGUGUCAACCCACAUAUGACUCAUAAAACAAAACUGAACCCUUAUUGUAGCGAAGAAUCUGGUCUGAGCAGCAUCGACCUCUAGAUCAGACCCCGUCCCGUCCUUUAUGUCAACUCAAACCCAGGAUCCCCUCUCCUUCGUUCACCGUCAUGUAACACAAGAUUUUCAGCGACGUUAUAAAGAGAAGUCACAAUCCGCCUCCUUGACCUGCUGUUUGUAACAGUUGCCAGUGAGAAUUAAAAACCCCUUGUAGUAUUUUUGUUUCCUGCUUACGUUCAAGGCCGGACUGCUUUUCAAACCUUUGAACAGAUUCUUCAUUUUCAGCUCAUGGCCUAAAUAUGACUUUUAUCUAAAAAAAAUCUAAUUUUCAAUCAUACUUGGAAUGCGGGAUGGAAUGUGAGGAAACCAAAGAGAUGCCGCUAUGGCAUGAGGAUGGAAAUCUGUACAAUUACAAAGAAAAAGGAUAAACAACAAAACAAAAAAAAAAUAGAUUUAUUAUGUCUGUACAUAAAGAAGCAUGGAGGUCGUUAAAAAACAGAGGAAUGGACCUUUACAGCACAGCACAAGAACAGAAUCAAUCUGUCACUCUCCUCUGCGUCAGUAUUGAUCAAUGAAUGAUAACACCUGAGGCACUUGAAGAAUUGUUGUACAUGUUCUGUGGUAGCCUGUUGAUUUGUGAUUUCUUUCUACUGAAUGUGCUCAUAGAUGAUUCGUUUUAUUUUUGAACAGAGGGUGUCACUUUAAUAUAGAUUUAAAAACAUAAAACAUUUGGAUAUUUUCUUUCAUUUUACUAUGUUUUUCUUUGUUUAACCCAUAAACUGUAUUUAAAGAUGGACGAUGCUUCUCCUGUUGAAGCUAAAAUAUUCAGUAUACACAUGCAGCCAUCUUGAGAUCUUGAUGUAAUUUGGAGCCCGGUUCUGCGCAGUUGUGAUCGUGGAGAGAUCUUAUACUGAUACACAUGCUCACAGUGACGUUAUAGCAUCAAAUAAACAUACAUUUUCUUGAAUGUAGCUCAGUGUGAUAAGAACUACAUAAAAUGACAGAAAUGAUUUUGGGAAGAGUGUAUUAAGUUUAUCACCUAUACUGCAGCCAGCCAACAGGAGGCGAUCAAAAUGAUUUGGUUUUUGCUCUUGGGGAUCUGUCAUGUCCAUCUUUAUGUUAAGUGCAUGAUUUAAGAAUUUAAAUUGAGGGAGAACAUGUAUCCGGGUUGUGUACUACACCAGGUAGUCCAGAAUGAAUGGGAGCUAAUGGAGCUCUGAUCCCAAAACGAAGCAUUUCCAUUUCUCUGUUUUUGACAUUAGGAGCAAAAACGGUAGAUAUUGUUCAAUAAGUUUUACCAGAUCCUGUUGUAUAUAGUUAUUAAUCACGACCAGUUAGCAUCUGCUACAUUAGCCUAAUUUAGAUUUGCCUGUUCCCCCUGGUCCUCCCCAAAUGUAGAGAGGAAAUGGCGUCCUUUAGACAUCAGUCGUAAAUCCAUCACUGACCAAUUAGCAUGCGUUAGCAGAAUUAGAGCUCGAUAUCGGCAAAAUCGUUCUCACUGUUAGCAAAACAAAGUGACAAGACUAUAUUUGGUUUAGCUCCAUUCAUUGAGAACUACCUCGCUGUUGCCCUCUAGUGGAAUUGCAGCCAAUAUUGGUACAACGGCAUGAACAGAAAGUUGUCAUGCUGUCCUUAAAUCUGCUCUGGUUUAACUCUGAGGAUAAAUGUGUUGAUGUAGUAAGAUAUGAUAAACUUCACACUAAAGCCUUAUUAAGAAAAGAGAGGGACUUUUUUUCUGCACUAAUUUGAUCUUAUAUAUACGUAGCUAAGAAUGUUAAAUGCCCUUUUAUGUACUGGAUACCUCUUUUGUACCAUUUUUGUUGCAUCAUGCUGUUAUUUAGAUUAUCCAUAUAUUUUUAAAAGUCAACUUUGGUUGGAAGCAGUAUCAGCAUUUUUAUUUUUUACGUUUCUAUCCAUACUUGUUUGUUGUUUAGAAAGGUGGCACAUCCUAGAAUGGAGCUACCAAAAUGUGAGGUAGAAGGAGAAUAUGGACCAGUUUAGAAAUAAAUCAGAUU